AUGAGCUGGGAGUCCCAGGACUACAAGGACUACCCAAGGACUACCCAAGGACCCGGCCGGCCAGGGCCUGCCCUAACACGCCAGGCCGCCACAGAAGACGUGAGACACCUUCUCAAUGAAGGUUACCAGGAACCGGAAUUGCUUACUUUGGAGUUCCAGCUUUUGGGUCUGGAUAAGAAAUCUGGGAUUAUGAAAGGCGGUGGUAUCACAAGCCCUCGGUCUAAGGCCGACUCUCGUCACAGGUGGUGUUAUAUUGAGCCGGGGAAGGCUCUGGCUCUCUCAGCAGACCAAAAUGCAACGCUAGAUUUCUAUGAAAAACCAUCUCCAGAAAAUGCAACUCUAGAUUUCUCUGAGAAACCAUCUCUAGAAAAUGCAACUCUAGAUUUCUCUGAAAAACCAUCUCCUAGGGUUUUCCUGACUGCCCAUUCCCCUCCUACUCCAGAUUCUGGUCCUACUCCACAUCCUACUCCUGAUCCUGGCUCCAACUCCAAACCGUGGCUCCUAUUCCAAAUCCUGGAUCCUACUUCAGACCCUACUCUUCUUCUUCAUCCUACUCCUACUCCAGAUCCUACUCCUCCUCCUGAUCCUGGCUCUUACUCCAAAUCCUGGCUCCUUCUCCAAAUUCUGGCUCCUACUCCAGAUCCUACUACAACUCCUGAUCCUACUCUUCUUCCACAUCCUACUCCUACUCCACAUCCUAUUCCUACUUCAGUUUCUACGCCAACCUCAGACCCUACUCCUCCUCCAGAUCCUACCCCUACUCUAAUUCCUACCCCCACCCCAAUACCUACUCCUACUCCAGUUCCAAAUCCUACACCCUCUCCUGAUCCUACCCUACUCCUGAUCCUACUCCUACUCCACAUCUUAAUCCUACUCCACAUCCUAACAACAGGAGGCGAAGAGGGACUGGGCACUUAG